AUGAUCCGGCUCCAACCCACGGCAAUUGGCUUAGGUCAUAAUGACAUACGCGAGUAUGAUAAUCACCGAAGAAUUGAUCAACGCAGUGGAUUAGCCCCUUUGAUCGAAAAGUUAUCUGAAUUCACACUAUCUGCCGGGAAUGAUUCGGCUGGAGUUAAAUUAAACACAAGUGAAACUUUUUAUAGAAAAGAAGAGGUCUUAGCUUCAAGUCCGCGGUACAAUGAAAACUCUCCGGAAGUUUCGGAUCCACAGUUUAUUGAACAAAAAGAUGAAUUUUGCUUGGAAUGUAUUGAGAAGUUAGGCGGGACCGAAGUGAUCUUUGAAGCGUCUACUCCAGCAGCAGAAAAAUCUCAUCGCUGGGGUCUCUCAAAAGAUAUUGAUAAAGGAAAUUACUCCGUGGAAGAGCCAUCGUCAUUCCCCCAAGAAUUUUAUACAAGGCAGGCGAUUAAGGAUAAUGAUCUUUUAGAUUUAGAACAUCAUCAGAUAUACCAUAGAUAUCCAGAUACGGUGUUUCGACAUCUGGAUAAUAGUUUUUCUCUCGGAUCUUCGGAACAAAACAGCAAUACUUUUGACGAGGAAGAGGGAGCAAAUGCCAAGAGUUCUUAUGAGCUCACUUCACAAAUUUCCGAUGAGCGUUGCCAUCAUAGAAACUUGCAACAUAGUUUUUUAACUAAUCCGGAGGUUACACUGGACAACUCACACAACAAUGAAACCUCGCAAAACCCCGACCCAAAUGAUCGCUUUAGCGGGAGCCUUGACAUGCCGAUCGUGCGCUUUCAACUACCCCCACCAUUUUCGACCACGUCGCGGUAUUUUUCCCGAACUCAUUCACAAUCAACCUGGGUAACGAGUGAUUUCGAGUUAACCCCCAUGGACAGUUUUAGACAGGGCCUUCAAAUCCCAGAAGAGAGCGAAACUAGCAAUAUUCAACCACCUGAGCCAGUUACUAGUCAGCAUGAAAUCCCUGAUUAUAGAGCUACAUUCACUGUCGUAACCCCUCCUAAAUCGAAUGAUUUUACUCAAAUCCGACACCAAAAUCGAUCAUUCUCACGUGUAGGGGCACUGUCCCGAAGCUAUCAAGUGUAUAAUGAUGAAAUGUCUCCGUCAACACAACCUCAGACACCAGCAAAUCUUCCUGAAUCUCGACAUAAGUCGCGACAUCAUCCUUCCUUUUCCAUGCCUACUAGACUGUUUCGUAGAAAUCGCCGGACAUGUUCGAUUGAUGCAGUGAAUGCUACGGGACGCCAUUAUAGGCAGGGCACAUCUUCGAGCCAUUCGCCAGGUUACGGGACAAUUUCACCAUCAGAAAUGGUAGAAAGUGGUGAUAGUGAUAUUUUUGGUGGGCGGGAAAAUGAGGAUGAAGAAUUGAAUUGGGUACAGGAUAUGAGGUUGAAUAUUCCUCGAGUGCGGCUCUGGAGACAGGAAGAUUCAGGCUCAAACGAAAGAGAAUUAGACAGGACACCAGAAUCAGAGCGUCGGAUAAUAAGCCGCGAAUUUUAA